AGCCAAUACACCUCCUUAAAAAUUGGCUAUCAAUAUCGGCCCCAAAAAUCUCUUAUUGGUGCACCCCUACAAGGAAGGAAAAUAGUUGUCCUGGAAUAACUCCAAGUGUGGACAUGUGUAUUCUGGAGUAUGAAUAUCUUGUUCCUGUUUUAGCUUAACCUACUUUCAACACUCUGAGGGUGAAGUUACAUGGUACAUUUGGACCAUACUAAAUCUGUGGAAUGUUAAACAGUGUUGAAGUGUUUGAUCAAGCUUUGAGCAGUCACGUGCCAUGGGUAUUGUCGCGGGUAGGUAUUAUAGAGCUUUGGACUUCUUUUGCCUAGUUGUUUACCCCCUGGUGACAUCAGGGUGAGAUCGUAAGACAAGCAUUACCUGCGUGACUGGUUGGUUGUUCCCUCUCGCCUGCCACAUCUUCAUGUUCUUGUUGGGAGACUCUCUCUAUCCUGUGGGAUCUCACUUGUUUGAAUUUUUAGUGGGGCUCCAACCUUCCCUUUAUCCCACCUUACCGCAUCCAGGACCAGAAAUGGCAUUGUUGCCUUGGAGCUCGCUUUGCUGGGAUGAUGUUCUCACCCAAGCUGCCUGGUAUUGUAUGUGCUGCUCCCAAGUUGUCGGCCUGUUGUCAGCCGUCCUUUGGCAUGGACUAACAUCCCUGUGACUGACCUCGUCACAGAUUUGCUUUAGGCAAUUCUUUCAAUAAUAACUUCGGAAUUAAUUUAAAGUACAAUUGACCAGCCUCCGCUGGUAUAGACUUGUGGCUAUCGGUUCUUGCCAUACUCUGAGAAUUCUUAGUGCCUUGCUGUGCCCCCAGGUACCCACCCAGCCAACCAUCGCUCCUGGCCUCGAUGCCGCUUGGGACUUCAUGUUCUGCCUCAUCACUAGGGCUUCAGCCCUCCUCUCACCCCGAUGGAUCACUUCCGAGCUCUGACUAGCCUCAGGUCCAGUUGGGGCUUCCCUGCCAGGCCUGGCAUUGCCUCCUGGCUUCCGUCCCCACUCUUCCCCACUGGGUACCUCUGGGCUCCAAUGCUGCCCGUCCAGUUGGAGCUCUGAGCCCUUCUCCCUCCAGUUCUUCACCAGGGUGCACAGCUGGCUCAGCUUUCUGGGCAAGCCACAUGCGUCUUCCCAGCCAUCCUUCACCAGGGUGCACAACUGGCUCAGCUUUUCUGGUGAGCCACGUGCAGCUGCCCAGCUGCUCUUUACUGGUGCGUGCCAAUGGCUCUGCUCUCCACGCGAGCCACAUGAGGCUUCCUGGCUCUGCCUCAUCUCCUCCAGCUCCUCCGAUUUUCGCAGCCACUCUGCCCAGCUGCUCCCUGGCUCGCUGCUAGCCCCUCUCCAGGCUGGCGUCCUGCUGCAGCUUCGCCUUCCCAGCAAGCCACGCUGAGGCUCUCUGCCUUGGCUCUUCCUUCUGUGGCAUUUCCCCAACGCUUUCCCCGACACUUCCUCUCCCAGCGUGCCCUCUCUCAGUCCUUUUCCAGCCCCUUCACUCCCCAGGCCCUUUUCACACCCUGAUCUUCAGGCUCAGGCUGAUCUUAAACUGCCACCCCGGGGCUAGCCUCUCUCUCCCUGCAGUGAGAGAAGAGGAUCGUGGAGAAAAACCCGGUCAGCAGUCUCCUGCCCCUUCCCAGAUAUCAUUUCUUGCCUGCACAGCUAUGGCUUGCCACUUGAGGCCUGAUGGGUGGGGGGGUAUGGCUACGAGCCAGGAUGCCUGGACUCUUAUCCCUGUUUUGUGGGGGAGGGAGAGGGGCUGGAAGCAGUGCUUCCUGGGAUGCUGGAGGACUGUAACUUGGUUGUUUGAAUUCCAUGGAGCAGACUAGGAGCUAACAUGAGCUAGCUUGCAUGGCCCAGAGAUGCUUGGACUGCACUUAAAAAUUGAUGAGCUUUAAAGUGCAAAUGCUCGCAUUUUUAAAUGCUGUUAUUACAGUUUAUGAGUAAGGUGUAACGUCACCUUGAUUAAAGCAAAGUCGUAGACAAAAACACUGGUCAUCUGAAAUUUCUGGAUAAUUAGAAGGUUUAACUGUAGAAACUAGACGUUUUUCUUUCUCAUACUUAAAACUAUUUUCCCCACCCAAGUAUAAUCUGAAAAACAUAUCCAGGAUCUAAUUGGGUAAAGGUAUCAAGUGGGGUUCUUAUGGGGUCUGGUACUGUUCAAUAUCUUCAUUUAUGAUUUGGAAGCUGGGGUUGAAUGUACACUUAGUAAAUAUGCAGGUGACACCAAGCCGGGGAAAGUGAAUUUUGCACUUUGGAAAAUAGAAUUAGGAUUCAGAAUGUCCUUGAUUAAUUGGAGAAAUGAUCCAAAAUUAAUCAAAUGAAAUUCUAUAAGUCUUGCACUUAAAUCAGAACAAUUAAAUGUGCUAAUAGGGACUGGGGAAUGACUGCAGUACUGCAGAAAAGAACUACAGUGGUUAUAGUGGACUGCAAGCUAAAUAUGAGCCAAAAGCUUGUUCUUUUUGCUAAAAAAUCCAAUAGCAUACUGGGUUGUGUUAACAGGAAUGUUACCCCACCCGCAAGUCAAGGGAAGAGACUCCUCCAUUCUGUUCAGCACUGAUUGAGUACUGUAUCUAGUUCUGGGCACCACAUUUGAAGAAAAAUGUGAACAAACUGAAAAGGGUCCAGCAAACGUCAUUAGAAGAUAAGAAGUAUUCAACAAAAAUGAUUAAAAACUAGGAAACAUGACUUACAAAAACAAAAAUGUUGGAAAAAUUGGAAUUGUUUGCUAACUGUUAGUAAAAAGACUAAUGGUUAUUACACAUGGUGAGAAACUUAUUUCCUGUGGUAUUUCAUUCUAUACAUGGCAAGAACAUAGUGUAUGGGUGUGUCUACACAUUGCCCUCCGGCACCAUAGUGAUCACGCAGGGCUACACGUGAUCGCCAGCUACAUUGCCAUAGUGACCUGCUCCCCCAGUAUAGUGUGCUGCUACGGCAGUGGAACAGCAAAAUCUAACCAUGUACUUCACGCAUGACGCAGUAACCACCCGUACUGCACCAUGCUUUAGUACUUCUGAAAGGAAGUAGUAAUGCACGUCACGGUAGCAAUGUCACCAUAUGGCAACACAUAGACAUGCCCUUUGUGUGUUACUUUGAUUGGUAUUGGGUUUCUGACAAAGUGAUUUGGAUGAUAAUUUGCUGCAUUUUUACUUGGCACUUUUUGGAGUAUAAUCUUAAGUAUCUGGUAACAUUUCUUUAGAAGUGACAACUAAUCAUCAUCUAAGAUGUACUAAAUGCUUUUGUUUAAAGAAAGGUGAGAUGCAUGUAUUCGUUGUGGCUGUCACUUAGAACAGGGCUCCUGCUCCAUGAAACGUUAGCUACCAAACCUGAUGUAGCCCUUCAAUAUAUUGUUGUAUUAGUGGUGCACAGAGGGCCUGAUGAUGUAAAGUUAAGUUGUUCAAGCCAUAACUGAACUACUGUUUAAUUUCACUCUGAUUUUAAUGGUUACAAUAUUCCUGGUGAAUCCAUACUGGUGGUUCCUGAUCCUCUUGUUCUCCUCUAGGUUCCUCACAAUAGAUGAAUUUUUCCUCCAGUGACGUUCAACCAAGUCCCCACACAAAAUGGGGACUUUUGCUGCCCAGUGUCUGCAGGAGACUUUCCAUUCAGGUUGUUCACUUUAUCAAAUGCUGGGAAAAUUGCCCUUUACUCAUUUUAAGUAUGAGAGCAUUGAGAGGACAGAAAGGAGCCAUUAGUUCUUGUGACUGGAAUGGUUGUUGUUGCCUCCGUCCAGUAACUUUUGGAUACGAGAUCCACAUCAAACUGGAAUAGUAAUGCCGGUGGUUCUGUACUGAAAGACUGGAGUUUUUGUCUCAUCCUGGUCUGCCCCUUCCUGACAAAUCCAAUUCAGAACACCCCAAAGAUAGAGGAGGGGGGUGUGGGGAGUUUUGAGUUUCACUUCCCAAUCAAGUACCAUGGAAAUACUGCUGAAAGUCAAUGUACAAUGGUUAAAGAAUGAAUAGGUUCAGUUUCUUUUGCAAUGGUCGUUUUUUUGGGUUUUGUUUUGUGGGGGGAAAAGAGGUAUGUGGGAGUGGGGGAAACAGAGGUUUUGUCCAAGUGCUUUUUCUUUGAAAAAGUUCUCAAAACUCAUUCUGAGACUUGCUCCUUUAAGAACAUUGUACAUGAUAUAUAUUUUUCUACAGUGUGUGAGCAUACUAUGUCAAAGAAUUGUUUUGAUUUCAGAGCCGAGGGAGCCAGCUAUCUGCAUGUCACAAGGUCUAAGGGAAACGAGCUGACCCUCAGCCUACUUCCACCGAGCCAAAUUCUGAUGGGAUUCUUAAAUAGCUUUGGCAAACAAUUCUGUUUCUUUUGGACUUGAUGAAUGUUUCUGAAAACAUCUGAUUUUUCUUCCUUUAUUUUGCUACACGGUCACCAAUAGAAGCAGCUUGAAACCAAAUAUGGACUUCAGGUUUUCCAGGAUGAGGAUCUGAAAGAGAGAGGGAGAAAGAGAGAGACUGCAAAAGACCAUCUGGGAAACUGUUAAGCAGGAAAAGUUUAAAUCACCCUACACCAGUGGCCUCCAACCUUUUCAAGUAGCAGAUCAUCUUUGGAAUUUUAAAAGCAACCUGAGAUCCACCGUGCAUUGCCACCACCCCUGCCCUUCCCCUCCCCUCCCCAUCCCCCAGCCUAGCAGCCAGCAAAGACUGCCGUUUUGUCACUGAAUGAUUCCAGAUUUGAAAACCCAGGGUGCUUAGCAGCCAAAAAUGACAAGUAAAGACACAGGCUGUCAAUACUGCAUGGAAUCCCUUCGAGGAAGGAAGUUUGCGCUGAAAGAAGAGAAUGCUUACUGUGUUACAUGUUACGACAGCCUUUUCGCCAACUCCUGCGAAGAGUGCAAGAUGCCUAUUAAAUGUGAUUCCAAGGACCUUGCCUAUAAAGGCCGCCACUGGCAUGAAGCGUGUUUCAAGUGUGCCAAAUGCAAUCACUCUUUGGUGGAAAAGCCUUUCGCUGCCAAGGACGAGCUCUUGCUGUGUACUGAGUGUUAUUCUAAUAUGUAUUCAUCUAAGUGUUUCCACUGUAAGAAGACCAUUAUGCCUGGUUCUCGUAAAAUGGAAUUUAAAGGAAGUUCCUGGCAUGAAACCUGUUUUGUUUGCCAAUACUGCCGGCAACCGUUAGGAACAAAGCCUUUGAUUACACAGGACAAUGAGAAUUAUUGUGUGCCAUGUUUUGAGAAGCAGUUUGCUCACCAUUGCUACUCCUGCAAGAAGGUAAUAACUACUGGCGGGGUGACCUUUAAUGACCAACCAUGGCAUAAAGAAUGCUUUCUGUGUGCUGGCUGUAAGCAGCAGUUGUCUGGACAACGCUUUAUUUCCAAAGGCGAAUAUCCGUAUUGCUUGGACUGCUUCAGCAAUCUUUAUGCAAAGAAAUGUUCAGCCUGCAACAACACUAUUACUGCUCUUGGAGACGCCCAGUUUAUCUCAUUUGAAGACCGCCAGUGGCACAGUGAAUGCUUUAACUGUGUUAAAUGUUCCAUCUCACUGGUGGGUCAAGGAUUCCUUACCCAGCAGGAUGAUAUCCUUUGUCGUGAAUGUGGCUCAGCUAUGUAGUUAGAGAAAGAGAUGCAUUAUUCUCACACAUUCUAGCCAUGUACUUCAUUACCCUGUAGUGAGAAAUUCUUCUAAAUGAUACAGUAGUUCUUUAGUCAUUCAAGUCACUAUUAACAAUUUAAUUCUGUCACAAGGCUCAACUGCUCUAUGCAUGCUUUAUAUCAUGUAAAAAGAUUUUAAGCCAAACAGUACUGGCUAAGCAAACUAUUCAAAAGGGAUUUGUAUAUACUUUUAACCUAAAUACAGUUCAUUUCUUCUUAUAACACAGUGCACUCUGCUGUUGAGAGCUUAAAAAUUUACAUUUUAUCUUACUUAAACCAAAAAUGAACAUGAAAGUCUAUAUUGAAGGGAUGAUCUGUGACAUUAGUGAGGUGAUACCAGUACUCUACUAAUUCAGACUCUAGUGUAGAAAAUUAGGGACAGUUGUUCCCCACUAAGCCAUAAUAUUUAAUCAGAAUAAUGGCCCACUUCCCUCCUAUGCCUCAACGCUGCCAUGCAGACAAAGGCAUCAACUGACAAACCUUGCCAUGUGCAGCAGCUAGAAGGAGAAAUGCCUGCGGUACAGAAAAAAGAGAAAAACUGCAUUACUUCUUCAAAGCUAGCAGCUAGCCAGUCCAAGGCCAAGAGGAUCAAGAAAAGGGAGAGCUUACAUUUCUUCCACAGCCUUCAUUAAUCAAUAUAUUACAGAGCUGCUAAAGAGAUAUAUAAUGUUUACACUCAUUUUAAGAUAAACCAGAAUUCCUUUACACAGCUGUAUUCUCGGGCAGUGAACCACUUGCUUUUCCAGAUUUUUGAAUGUCAAUAUACUGUAUGUUAAAUAAGCAGCUUGUAAAAAAUGUGAAGUUCUGGCAUGCCAUGGGUGUGCAUCAAAAGUUUGAAGUGCAUAUUUAGAGAUUCCAGAGAUAAAUGACAUUUUUACGA